AUGGACCCGAACCUGACCCUGGCGCACCUCACGCACAACGCCGCCAUGAUCCUACUGCACCAGCACGUCGCCUACCCACCUGCGACCUGGUGCGGUGUCGUCAAGCUGCCCAGCGCCUGCAGCGCCGAGACGUGCCUGCUUGCCGCCAUCGAGAUCGCCUCCAUCGCCGACAAGUACCUGUGCUAUAUGGGGGGCAUCGUCAACAGCCAGUUCGCCUUUUGCGGCUUCGUUGCCGCCCGCAUGCUGCUGGUGCAUUGGCUCUCUGUUACCCGGGAGGCGGGGGAUCCUCUGGCGCCCGAGUUCUUCAGUCUCGUGGAUAGCUUGAAGGACAUGUCACGCCGGUGGAAGGGCAGUGACGGCAGGGACGGGCGGGAUAUAAUGGGUCAAGACGACGGCGACAGGUGGCCGAGUGAGCCGGACCUGAUGACCCGAUACGCCAUACAGCUUCAGCUGAUGCAUUCCCGAUGCAUGGCUGGCCUGGAUGCACACGCUUCGGUCGGCGACAUACUAUCGGAUGCCAGCCUGGAUGGCCUUCUGGAAAAGCAGCAGCCCAUGGCAGGCGGUAAUACAUCCCGCCGAGACAUGAUAUGGCCCCAAACACCGGGUCUGGGCCUGGGAAGCAUGAUACCCUCGGGUUUCACGCCCUUCAUACAUCCCACAAGUUAUCUACCACGCCCAUCGAUCUGUCCACACCCGCCGAUCGCGUAUGAUCCCCGCGGCACACCCGUUCGCCCCGAUGAUGUGAGCCCGCGGCGGCGGCAGCAGCAGCAGCAGCAUGAUGCACAGCGACGGAAGCAUUACGGUACCAACACGGCAACGACAGGGGCCCCGAACAUGAUAGGGACGACUCCAACUUCGACGGCGGCUGUGGUGGGACUCUUGGGGUUGGGCAUGGAGAACAACAACAGCAGCAGUAAUGGUGGUGGCGAGGACGAGGACGAGCUGACGGCCAUGUCGCAUAUGCUGUUGGGCCAGCAGUUCCUCGAGUUGGACCGUGUUAUAACGCUGGAUGGAACCGAUUUCUUCGGUCCUACAACGCCGGGAGUAGCCUUGGACAACGGCGUAGUGGCGAAUGGAAACCUGGACUUCCUUUGGCACUGCGGUGGCAACUAA